UUUUGUGGUACUUGGAAUGUCAAUGGUCAGUAUCCUAUACAGAGAGUGGACAAGUGGCUCGUGUAUCAGGAAACAAUACCGGACAUAUUCGCUAUUGGUUUUCAAGAGUUGGAUCUCAGUCCUGAGGCAUUGCUAAGGAAUGAAACCAGUUGAGAAGAGCCCUGGAUUGAUCUGGUGGAGUCAUCUCUAAAUGGCCGGGAAAUUCAAGAAAAUAUCAGUGGUGAGGUUGGUAAGUAUACUAUUGUUAGUGUAUGUGAAGGAGGAGCUGGUCCCUCAUGUGUCCAGUGUGGACUGUAACUAUGUACCUUGUGGACUAGUAGGAGGACACUUUGGUAAUAAAGGAGGUGUGGCUAUCAGAUUCAACAUAUACCAUUCUUCAGUGUGUAUUGUUAAUACUCACCUGGUGGCACACAUUGAUGAGGUAGAGAAAAGGAACCAGAAUUAUCACGAUAUUUAUGAUAAAAUCAGUUUCUUUAAAGACUCGGAACUUUCUUAUAGAAUAAUGGAUCAUAAUUUCAUCAUAUGGAUGGGUGAGCUUAAUUAUCGUAUCCAUCAGACUUCAGUUGAUUUCAGUACUGAGAUCAUAAAGGCACUGGCUGAUCUCUACCAGUUCAAUAAGUUGCUCCAGCACAAUCAGCUCCAGCAGCAGCAGAGGAGAGGAGAGGCAUUCACUCACUUUAAAGAACCUCCCAUUGAUUUCAAACCAACGUACAAGUUUGACCCAUCCACUAAUAGUUGGGACUUCUCAGAGAAGAACAGAGCCCCUGCCUAGUGUGACAAGAUUCUCUAUUAUUGUGAUGAUAUGAGUUACAUUAAGAACCUCUCCUACCUCUCUCACCCGGAGAUGAUCAUCAGUGACCAUAAACCAGUCAGUGCCACCUUUGAACUCCAGGUGAAAGUAGUUGUUCCUGACAGAGAGAAGCAGACCAUUGAUGAGAUUUCCUUUAAACUGGACAAACAGUACAACGAGACACUACCACAAGUGGAACUGAACUCUUACGAAUUUAAGUUUGAGAAGGUUAAGUUCAUGGUAGAGCAGACACAGGUACUUAAAGUUCGUAACAUUGGUCACCGUCCAGGGUAUGUCCAUUAUAUAGAGGCUAGCCUCAACUUCAUUCAACAAGGAACGGACAGUCUUGAUGACAUUCUAGUACUGAAUCUUGAGGGAGAGAAAGACAUAUUCAUAUCCAUCAGUGGGGACCUACUCUCGACAUGUUUUGGGUCUUCACUUGAAACCCUAAUACAUGUACACACCUACGUCAGGGAAGUACCCACUGCUCAACUACUGGACCUUAAUUACCAUGAGAGAGAGAAGAUAAGGGAUACACUGGAUACUGGGGGAGAGGAACUGGUUGGUAGUGUUUAUUCAGUCGCUGCUGUGUUGUUGAAAUUUUUAAGAUCACUGGAGGAUCCAGUGGUACCAAGAUCAGUCCAUCAGAGAUGUAUGGACGCCUCCAACAACCCAACACUCUGUAGACAGGUGUUGUUGCAAAUGGCUGAGGUUCACAGAAGGUGUUUUGUUUUUAUAGUAACAUUUCUUAAGAAACUUUUAGAACAUUCACAAGAAAACAAAAUGGAUGCUAAAGUAUUGGCAUCAAUAUUUGGUGAGGUAUUAAUGAACUCUACAAGAGAAGAGAAGCUGUCAAGGAACAAGAAGACACUGUCUCAAAUUAAUAAGAAAAAAAUGACUUUCCUUUAUCAGUUUCUAGCCAAUGACUUGACUGUUAAUUAUGAAUAAUAAAAAAUUAUUAUUAUUAUCAUCAAU